AUAUUUAGUGAAGUUUUUGUGUUCGUUUUAGAUACCACUUCCUUGAUUAGUUUUAACUGUUUAAAGUGUCUGACAACCUAGCACUAACAUUGUGUGCUAAAUUUUUAGUUCAAAAAUAGACUAGAUGAGGAAAAAAAUUAAAAACAAUCAUUUUUUCCUCAUAGAGUUGUAGCUGUAAAUAGAUUCAAAAAAAAAAAAACUAAAAUGAAUGAUUCCGUUGUGACUUUUUGUUCUGCACUUUCUAAAAAAUUUGCAGACACAACACAAGAAUGUGAGGAUAUUAAGAUUCAUAUGAGAGCUGAUAUUUUCCAAGAUCAUAUCUCACGACUUAUUCUUGCAUUAGAUGGAUGUGGCAUAAACUCUCCUGGGGAUGAAAAUGCAAUCAAAAGUGUUUGUCCACAUCUUAAAGAUUUGGAUCUAUCACAUAACUUUCUGUCUGAAUGGAUGCAUGUCAUACAAAUUAUCAGCCAACUUCAAAGUUUAAAAUUUCUAAACCUCUCUCACAAUCCUUUAUACCUUUCUCAAUCAUUAGGCGAGGUACACAAUAAGCAUAACACUCUGCAAAAUUUAGUGCUUAACAAUACUAAAAUCAACUUUGAUGCAUUAUGUAAGGUAUUGGAAAUAUGUCCCUGUCUAGAAGAACUUCAUCUCAGCUUAAAUGAGUAUGAAACAGUCCCGAUAAUUGACCAGCAGUUUGAAAAUAUCAAAUCUUUACAUUUUUCAAGUAAUAAUAUUAAGUCAUGGUAUCAUGUACAAAAUCUUGCUCGUAUUUUCACAUCUUUAAAAAAACUAAUUUUAUCAGAAAAUGAUAUUGACUCAGUUUCUAGUGUUGGAGAUGAAUUUCCAUAUCUUGAGUAUUUAAGUUUGUCAAACACUCAGAUAAAUGAUUGGAAUUCACUUGAUAAUCUUCGUACAUUUUCAAAACUUAAAGAAAUUCGACUUAAUAGUAUUCCACUUUUGAAUGGUUUUAAAAAAGAGAAAGAACGUGUUUUUUUGCUAAUGGGUUGGUUGCCUCAUGUUUUCAAAAUAAAUGGCAGCAUACUUAAUGAAUCAGAACGCGAUGAUGCAGAAAGAUACUUUAUUAGGUAUUACAAAGAUAAAGUAGAAAAACCUUCGAGAUAUCAUGAGAUAGUUAAGUUGCGAGGUGAUCUCUGUGAUCUUGCGGAUGUCAAAUUGGGAAAAAGGGACAUUGUUUCUCUUUUAAUUACUGGUGAUGUGGAGCAAAGUUUUGAAGUGGAGUUUGACACAUUAACCCUAACUAGAGAUGUUUACAAAACUGUUUCUCAAAUGUGUAAUUUAAACCUAAAACAAUUUCGUUUAUUGCUAAAAGAAAAAGAAAAUAUUGCAAUUGAUAAUUCUGACAACAAAUAUGAGUAUAUGUUUAUUCCAAAAGUAACUGUUAUGUUUCCAAGAGAAGGAAGAUAUUUAUACAUGUAUCAUCCAAAAAAUGGUGAUGAAAUUGAACUGCAACGGUUAGACUUUGAAAAUUGAAAAGUUCAAAAAUAUUGUGUUUUCUUUUAUAAUCUUUCUAAACUUUAUAUUAAUAUAUAAAUUUAUUUACUUUGAUGUAAAUGUUUUUGCAGAUGUUCUUUAAUAUCAUCGUAUUUUUUAGUAUUAGUGGUUGAAGAUGGUAGGGUACCAUCUUCACCUGACCUAUUUUUGGCCACUUUAGUUUUAAAUAAAUUACUUAACGAUGAA